UUCAAAGUUGAAGCUUAGCUUCUUUGAAACCACCUCUCUUUCUAUCUAUCUCUUUCUUACCAUUAAAGAUUUUCAAGACAGCAUCAAACUAUACAUAUUCUCCAAUCUUUUCAAGUAUUCUAAUUUUCUAAUUGGAAUUAUAUGAUUCCUGCCAAGAAUUAAACUUUACAUACAAGUAUUAUUUUCAUUUCUCAGUCCCUUUCUGGUAACAUGAACUGAUAUAUAAGCCAUUCAUACAUAUCUAGUUUUCACAUACCAAAGCAGAGAGACAGAGAGAGCUUCAAACUCAUCAUUCUUCAACUUUCUGUAUCAAUAAUCUCUUUGAAAUCAACAGCAAGUUAAGAUGGCGGGAAACGACUGGUUAAACGGCUAUCUCGAGGCGAUUCUGGAUGCAGGAAUUAACACAAGGAAAACGAACGAUGGGAAGCAGAAGAUUGCCAAGUUUGAAGAGCAAGUCAAGGAGGAGAAGUUGUUUAGUCCCACAAAGUACUUCGUGGAAGAAGUAGUUAGCAGCUUUGAUGAGUCAGACCUCCACAGGACAUGGGUUAAGGUAGUAGCUACAAGGAAUACCCGUGAACGCAGCAAUAGGCUUGAGAAUAUGUGCUGGCGCAUUUGGCAUCUCGCUCGAAAGAAGAAACAGAUAGCAUGGGAUGAUGCUCGCAGACUUGCAAGACGACGUCUGGAGAGGGAGCAAGGCCGCCAUGAUGCUGCGGAGGACCUUUCCGAGCUGUCUGAAGGGGAGAAGGAAAAAGGUGACACCAAUUUUACAGAACCGCCUGUCAAGCAAAUAGCAAGAAUCAACUCAGAAAUGCGAUUGUGGUCUGAGGAUGACAACAAGACUAGGCAUCUUUACAUUGUCUUAAUCAGUAUGCAUGGGUUGGUUCGUGGAGAAAACAUGGAACUUGGAAGAGAUUCUGAUACAGGUGGUCAGGUGAAGUAUGUAGUGGAACUUGCUCGGGCUCUGGCCAAUACAAAAGGAGUCUAUAGAGUUGAUCUGUUAACAAGGCAAAUCACCUCACCGGAGGUAGACUCCAGCUACGGUGAACCUAAUGAGAUGCUCAUUUGCCCACCUGAUGGCAGCGGGAGCUGUGGAGCCUACAUUGUCCGCCUUCCAUGUGGACCCCGCGACAAGUACGUACCGAAAGAGUCGCUAUGGCCUCACAUACCUGAAUUUAUUGAUGGGGCUCUCGGCCACAUUGUGAACAUGGCAAGAGCUCUAGGCGAUGAGGUCAAUGGUGGGAAACCAACAUGGCCUUAUGUCAUCCACGGCCACUAUGCUGAUGCAGGGGAGGUGGCUGCUCAGUUGUCUGGUGCCUUGAAUGUGCCAAUGGUGCUGACGGGGCAUUCCCUAGGAAGAAACAAGUUUGAACAGCUGCUCAAACAGGGGAGAUUGUCGAGGGAGGACAUCAAUGCAACCUACAAGAUUAUGAAGAGGAUCGAGGCUGAGGAGCUGGCUUUGGAUGCUGCUGAAAUGGUGGUGACUAGUACUAGGCAAGAGAUUGAAGAACAGUGGGGACUGUAUGAUGGGUUCGAUCUCAAGUUGGAGAGGAAGCUCAGGGUUAGGAGACGCCGGGGAGUUAGUUGCCUUGGACGAUACAUGCCAAGAAUGGUGGUUAUACCGCCAGGCAUGGACUUCAGCUAUGUUACAGUGCAAGAUACUGAAGGAGAUGGAGAUCUCAAAUCCCUAAUUGGUUCUGACAGAGCUCAAAGCAAAAGGAAUCUCCCUCCAAUAUGGUCUGAGGUAAUGCGAUUUUUCACUAAUCCUCACAAGCCCACUAUACUUGCAUUGUCUCGUCCCGACCCAAAGAAAAAUGUUACUACAUUGCUGAAGGCCUUUGGGGAAUGCCAACCUCUUCGGGAGCUAGCCAACCUGGCACUGAUACUUGGUAACAGAGAUGACAUUGAAGAAAUGCCAAAUAGCAGCUCGGCUGUUCUAACAACCGUGCUCAAGAUGAUCGACAAGUAUGAUCUGUAUGGUCAAGUGGCCUAUCCUAAACAUCACAAGCAAUCAGACGUCCCUGACAUAUAUCGUCUAGCUGCAAAAACAAAGGGAGUCUUCAUCAACCCAGCUCUUGUGGAACCUUUCGGUCUCACUAUUAUAGAGGCAGCUGCUUAUGGUUUACCAGUGGUUGCCACCAGAAACGGAGGACCUGUGGACAUUCUGAAGGCACUAAACAAUGGCCUCCUAGUUGACCCACAUGACCAGAAGGCCAUAGAGGAAGCACUGCUAAAGCUUGUUGCAGAUAAAAACCUCUGGUUGGAAUGCAGAAAGAAUGGCUUAAAGAACAUCCACCGCUUUUCGUGGCCAGAACACUGCCGAAACUACCUCUCCCAUGUUGAGCACUCCCGAAACCGCCACCCCACCACCCGCCUUCAGAUCGUACCAAUUCCUGAAGAACCAAUGAGUGACUCUCUAAAAGACGUGGAGGACCUUUCUUUGAGAUUCUCUGUAGAUGGAGAUUUCAAGCAUAAUAGUGAGCUUGAUGCAGCAACUAGACAGAAGGAACUCAUUGAAGCCAUAACCAGAAUGGCUUCAUCCAAUAGCAAUGCUGGCGCUACUUACUGUCCUGGUAGGAGGCAGAGGCUGUUUGUAAUAGCGGUGGACUGUUAUGACCAGAAUGGAAAUGGUACUCCGACGUUUCAGGAAAUUAUAACGAGUGUCAAGAAAGCAGCAAGCUUAGGAUUUGGCCAGGGUCGUGUAGGCUUCGUAUUGUUAACUGGUUCCAGCUUACAAGAAACCGUGAAGGCAUUUAAAGGGUGUCAAGUAAGCAUUGAAGAAUUUGAUGCGUUGGUCUGCAAAAGUGGGAGUGAAAUGUAUUAUCCAUGGAGAGAUUUGGCAGCUGAUGCAGAUUUUGAAAGUCAUAUUGAGUACAGAUGGCCUGGAGAGAAUGUGAGGUCCAUGGUGCCAAGGCUAGCCAUUUUAGAAGGUGGGACUGAGGAUGACAUCACGGAGUAUGGAGGAUCAAGUAGUUCAAGGUGCUACUCUUAUAAUGUGAAACCAGGAGCCAAGACUCGGCGAGUUGAUGACCUGCGCCAAAGGCUGCGGAUGCGAGGCUUCCGAUGCAACCUUUUCUACACUCGUGUAGCAUCAAGGUUAAAUGUUGUACCACUCUUUGCAUCAAGAGUACAAGCACUGAGAUAUCUUUCGGUCAGGUGGGGAACUGAUCUAUCCAAAGUGGUUGUGUUUGUGGGGGAAAAAGGAGAUACAGAUAAUGAAGACCUGCUGGCUGGUCUCCAUAAGACACUAGUUUUAAGAGGAUCUGUUGAGUAUGGCAGUGAGAAGCUUCUUCAUAGUGAAGAUGGUUUCAGAAGAGAUGAUGUAGUCCCACAAGAUAGCCCUAACAUUGCCCUUGUAGAGAGCUAUCAACCCCAUAAUAUCUCAGCCACUCUUGAAGCUCUUGGGAUAAAGGGACUUUAGUGUUGCCUUUAUCUCUCCUUUACUAAUAUAUUUCGACAAUUCAAACAAGACUGAGUGCUACACAUAAGAGAAUAUACAUCUCAACUUUUUGUAAGUAAUUUCAUUUAUACAUACAAAAACUAACGGAAGCUUUAUUUCUCUUUC